GCCAUUUGUUGUUGGAAAUGUUCGUCGUCUAUAUUCAUUCAAAAUCCAGAUGAGGGUUGAAUCGAUGCCUCGGGACUGCAUCGUUUGAUGUGGCAGAUGUACUCAUAGCGGCGCAUCGUGAUGUUGGACCCGUCGUCGAGCGAGGAGGAGAGUGACAAUGAGACGCUCGAGGGCGAGGACGGCUCCGAGACGGUGAGUCUCGGCGUGCCGACGCAGCAGGGCUCGCGCAGUCACUCGCCGGCGAGCGACACGCUCAGCCUCGGGCCGGGCUCGCGGCCGCCGAACGUCGUGCGCCCCUCGAGUCCGAGCCCGUCGAUUGUCAGCGAGAAGGAGCGCAAGGACGACGCGGAGCGCGCCGAGCGCGAGAAGGAGGAGCAGAAGCGGCGGCUGCAGAUCUACGUGUUUGUGUCGCGCUGCAUCGCGUACCCGUUCAACGCGAAGCAGCCGACCGACAUGACGCGGCGGCAGGCGAAGAUCACGCGCGCCAACCUCGCGCAGACCAAGGAGCGCUACCAGGCGUUCCUCAACGGCGAGACGCAGAUCGUCGCCGACGAGGCGUUCACGAACGCCGUGCAGAGCUACCACGAGGUGUUCCUCAAGAGCGACCGCAUCACAAAGAUGGUCGCGUCCGGCGGCUGCUCGGCGAACGACUUCCGCGAGGUGUUCAAGAACAACAUUGAGAAGCGAGUGCGCAGCCUGCCGGAGAUCGAUGGCCUCAGCAAGGAGACGGUGCUCAGCUCGUGGAUGGCGAAGUUCGACCAGAUCUUCCGCGGCGAGGACGACCCGCGCAAGCCGUCGCGCGCGCAGCAGAGCACCGCCUCCGAACUGAUACUCAGCAAGGAGCAGCUGUACGACAUGUUCCAGGCGAUACUCGGAGUGAAGAAGUUUGAGCACCAGCUGCUGUACAACGCACUGCAGGUAAGCGAGAGCGUGUUGCAUCGCGCGAGAUUGCGGUUCGCUGCUCUGUACUGCAUUGCUGGUCCCACAAAUGUUGCAUUACGAUGCCUUGCAGGCAGGUGCAUCAUAGAAGCAUACAUGUGCGAUAUGACAUCAGCUGAUAUAUAUAGCAUUUUGAAUGCAGGCGUGCAUGGAUGAUGUACAAUUCUUGGCAGGUACGCUUGCGCACAUACUGUACAGGA